UCCUCUUAAUUUCUUCGGGAAGUGGAGAUGGCACGGUAAGGAGCGGCUCCACCGUUGCCGGGAAACAGAACACACUUCCAGAUGAACGUCAGAUAGAAACAAUUGCCGAUCCACUUGUAAUCCAGGCGUGGGCCGGCGUGCCUGUUCCAGUCAAAUUUGAAGUACACGACGGUAUUAACUUUGGUAGCAUUGUCAUUUACGCUGGCGACGGAAGCUCUGCACUGGUCAUGGGGUCAUCAUGCCGUGACCUCAGGUUAAUCGAAGGUACCCCAGAAAAAGAAAAACCGCCUUCGAUGACGAAGUCAGAGGAAGGAAAUAAGGAAGGACUGGAACAACCGAAUAUUCUGCAACAGAUCCACAGUUAUGACUCUUUGUUAGAAAGUCAAAUAACAGAAGAUGAAAGGGAGACAGCUGUAGAUGAAGUUCUGGAGCAUGAAAACGAAAACUCGGAAAGUGUUGCUAUAGGUUUAGAUGACACGGAGGAUAUGGAGGCCCCAACUCUUAAUUGGAUUUCCUCUUCAUCUUCAGCGCCGAACAUUUUCAGUAUUCAUUCGACUUCAGCAUCGCCUUCGGUAACCUCCUCUGGUAGCCAUUCAAGUUUAUCACCUUCGGAAGACGACUCUGGCAUCCAUCCGACUUCAGCAUAUUCGAAUAUCGAUGAAAUAGACCCGACUUUGAAGCCAAGUCUAACGCCCAGAAGCAACUUGGAUUCACUGCCCCAGGGAUAUUCCUUCAAGUGUGAGGAUUUGCCCUCCACUACAGUCGUGUACGAGCUGGAAUAUACAUACACCGAUCCCGGGAGAUUUGCGAUGAUCCUGCAAUUCCAAGACCCUGUUACGGACGAGGUGAUCUGGAAACUGGAAAGACGAGUCCUCGUGAUGGAGUUGUUGCAGGUGGAAUUAGGCCCCAGUGACUUGCUAGCAGUAGACGAGGGUGGUAACGCUUUUGCUUAUGCCCACCUUUCCUUAGCUGAAGCAGUUAUAGCCCAAUCAAGUCAAGAACAUAGUGAUGAUAAUAUUACGUCUACGACUAAAUCAGCUUUGCAUAAUGAGAUCUGUCCAAACGGAAUCAUUACUUGGAACUGGGAUUUUGGGGAUGAGAUAGAAGGACGACCGCUUCCGAAAAACUGCGGCAUAUGUAGAAACAAAAGAGGUGCUUUUUGGUGGUCUGACGAAAAUUAUGGAGAAGGGAAAAGUUCCAGAAGAAACGUGAAAAUUCUUUCUGAAUACGUUGCAGAAGAAGUAACUGAACAGAAAAAUAACGAAGAUGAACUUAUAGGGAAAUAUGCUGAGUCUCGUAUUUCUGCAGAAGCAGCUGAUGAACAUAUAAAAGAGUUAGGUAGUAGUGAAAACAUCCCUAUGUCUGCCGGCCUGUUGACAGAAAUGGCCGUCCAGCAGGCGAAUGGUCAAGAUAAAAAACUAGAGGAAAUGGCUAAGCUCGCAGAAGAGGAGCACAAAUUCCCAGGCGAUGGGUCUCCAGGGAGUGAUGGCGUGUUUCACACUACCUUGAUGUCAGAGGGAGUUUUUAGUAUGUCCGGGUCGUCCUCGCCCUCUCCCUCUCCAUCUCUCCUUCCUCCUCGACCCGAAAAACCAACACCUACAACUGCAGGUGAUUUAGAAGAAGAAGAAGAUUCGUUCUCUCUGAAUCCCACUGUUUUCUCUGUUAUCGAUGCUCCUGCUGUGUCCAUCCAUCGAGAUGGUUCUUCAAGCAUUGUCGACGAUCUGUCAUCCAGCACCAGUGAUUCAGGCAUCCUCGGUAGUCCACACAUCUACGCCUCUGAUGACAGCUCGCCCACUUUAGUCACUCCCGUUGCUAUUAAAACUACUGCAUCGCCAGCAAUGAAAGUCGACCACAUAUAUCAGAAGAGCGGUAUAUACGACUUCACCGCCGUACUGUACUGUGAUGGAGUGCCAAUACGGCAGAAAGUGGUCGAUGCUGCGUUUACUGUCAUGGUACCGCUAAAGGAUGUGAAGAUCAGUGUCUGGGAGAACGACACCCUACUGAUACUACAUCAUGAGACAACGGAGGAAGCCAGGCCGGAGUUAUCUGAAGGGAGUACUUCCAGUUUUCUCCUUUGGCAAGAUAAAGACUUGCCCGAAGAGGAGAAGAGCCGAUGGGCGACAAGGGCGGUGAUACUACGUGUUGAUAUCGGACGGGGAACCUUAUUGCAAUCGCCACUCCUGGAAACGGGCGAUGGUACCCGCUUCUUUCUCGAGCCCAUGUUCGACCCUUCCAGUGGGUCGUGGUGUUCUCAGAUCGAGUACUCUUACAAGUCGCCUGGGGACUUUCGGCCGAAAGUGACAGUAACAAAUCCUUUAGGAAGUGUCGAGGCUCACUUAAAUACCACCAUUCAGGUGCAAGAGCUCCCCACCUCGGCCGUGUUGAUUCCUCCUCAGUAUUUCGUCAUCUGCGGAGAGCCAGUCACAUUCCUGGCACGCGCCACUGGAAGCCAUCUCCACUACGAUUGGGUGCUUCCAUUCGAGGGACUUCUGAAGGAUACAGGAGAAAGCCCAGUGUGUUUUAUGGUACCACGAAACAAAAUCAACUGUUGCAGUUCAGCGCAAGUUCAGAAUGAGUAUCGACGAGAUCCACCAGAUGUUAAAAGCAUUAAAGACUGGUAUAAAAAGUUCACAGAGACUGGAAGUGUUGAAGACCUCAAGAGAAGCGGUAGGCCCAGUGUGACUGAUGCAUCCAUUGUGGCUGUGCGCGACGCCUUCCACCACGUUUACCAAACAUAACUCCUCUUGAUUUUUUCUUAUAGGGUUAUAUCAAGAAUAAAGUGUACAGUACACAGUACCUAAUGUUGAGACCCAAAAAGCAAGGAUAACGGCAGCUCUAGCAACGGUAACUAUGGAGAUGUUGGAGAAUUCCUGGCGUGAGAUAGAAUUUUGAUUAGACAUAUUCCGGGCAACAAAGGGGGCACAUGUUGAAAUUUAUUAGUAGUGUUGAAAUUGAUGAAAACCUUAUACCUCUACCUAACAUGGUUUUUGUGUAAUAAAUGUUUGAAAUCCGGGAGUAUUUCUAGUAAUAGAAGUUCACUCU